AUGGACCGCGCCGAGGCCACGUGGCCCGACGCACCCGCUAAGAGCCUCUACUCGGCAAACAUCUUCAGCCCCGCCCUGCGGAGCGAGCCCAACUCCACGUCCACGAGCUCCGGCGAUGAGAAGGGCCUCUCCGCCGCAGAGCGGCAGCAAGCGGUUGCUGAUAUUGGGCACCACACAGUGACCAACUACUACCGGUGCACGUUUGACGGGGCGGAGAUUGAACUUGACAACUUUCGCGGGUGCUCCAUGCAGCCGGAGCAGGUGGUCUUAUUUGUGACGGAUGACGAGUUUUUCAAAAGGGCGUCGCUCGUCGCGGAAGACCCCCUCAACCAGGUAAGGGUGGAGCUUCUCGCGCCGCGGCCUUCGACGUCGUCAUCAUCAUCAUCCUCGUCACUGAUGCUGGACGAGCGCAAGACAGGCGUCACGGCCGACUUAUCGCUGAAGAACAUCUCCGUCGUGGGCGGGUGCGCCGUGGUACAGGCGGUGGUAACGGCGGUGAGCCUAGGCGAGGCGGAAUUCGUGCAGGCGAUUUACCGAGACACGUACCUUGCCAAGCGCGCGGUGGCACUCGACGUACCGCGCUCCAAGCUGCCGUUCUACCCACUGGACAAGCAAACCAAAACGUUGCUGCGGCAGAUGCCGUCGGCAAUGUGGGUGGUGUCAACCAGCGCGGCCCACGGGGAGGAUCUGGCGAUGACGGCGACGUCCGUCACGGUGCCUGCGGCGGCGCGCGGGAUGAUAUGCUUCAAUGUGGGGCACUCGAGCGCGUUCUACGCGGGGCUCGGCGGGGUCGGGGCGGGCGUGAGGCUGUUCGCGCUUUCGACAAGGCAGAAGGACAUUGCCGAGCGGUACGUGACGAGGGCUGCGUUGGGGAAGGAGGAUAGGACACGGCUGGAGGAAGAGUGCAUGGUGGCGGCAAGUUGCACGAUUGAGCAUACCGAGGAUGUGCAGGACCAUCACAUUGUUUUGACGAAGAUUGACGGCGUCAAGGUGCCGGAGAAGGACGAGGAGGGGUUGAUGCCUUUGGUUUGGCAACACGGAAAGUUGAUGACGUAGCGGUAGGCGCCGGGUGCUGAUCUCAGCACUCUCAAGAGUCGGCCCUUGUGCGCUACAGUAUUAAAUUAUAUAAACGCUUUUUUAAUUGAAACAAGGUCUUGAGCAAAGAAAAAUGCAGCAACUCACAACUCAGAAAUGGCCAUUAGACUCGCCCCUCCCGGUGCACCGCCCCGGUGCACCGCCGUUCCCAUCGCCGCCCUCUCGUUUCCCCCCCUUUCUAUCCCGAUCGCCUCCGCCGACGACACCCUCAUCCUCACUGAAGGGAACGUCAUCCAAGCCCUCGACGGUGAACAAAACACACACUCGUUCAUAGAGCACCGCCGUACGGUAUGUGAAAUGUAUUGCAGAAGGGACUUCACUAUACAUGUAUAUAUCACAUUCAGGUUGCAACGUGUUUCUGACUGUCGUACCUCUGGUGAGUGAGAAUGUCCGGCGAGCAAGAAUGGCCGCGGCAGGAAACAAUGUCGUCUCUGGCCAUCCCACCGAGCACAAGGAAGAGUGCCUGGCCUCGGUCUACUUGACGGUGUAACCACAAACAAGUGCUGAUCGGAUAGCCACGGCGGUAUCCCGUACCCCUGUCUUCUCCCUCCCUGUUUCCAACCAUCUCUUAAGAGAUGGUUGGAACAGGGACACUCAACACACUUACACAUUAAUACACAUUAAUGUGUGAGUGUCCGUGCACGAGCAGUUGCCCGUGUCCAAACAAGGCAAAACCUCCAUUUCACACAACCUCUUCAUGCUCCAUCAUGCUCCCCCCACCACUACCAACAAGCCACAGCCUCCCGACCACCGCCCGUCUUCGACGCUACACAUGCCGUCGACCUCAACGCUAACACCGUCGUCAACCUCAACGCUAACACCGUCGUCAACACCGUCGUCAAGGUUUCUAAUACCUGACAAAGCGAAAACCACCGCAAAUCCGCCGUGCAUAUCUUGAACUUCAUACUACAACGACUGAUAUCGCAUGUGCCUGUUCCGCCUCCAGUUUUGUUUGCUGGUCUCGCUACGCGCAGUCUCUACGGACGACACUAUUCCCCGCACACUGACGCAACUGCGCGCGACACAUAGAAAAGAUGUACCGACUACUUUUUUUGCGGAGAGGGGCAUCGAGGCGUCGGGUAAUUAGAAACAACAUCGAAUACAUACAAAUUUCUCCUGG